UAUAUUUUGUAAUAUUUUAAAUCAAAACUGAACUGUUUUAUUUAUUGAAAGUCAGAAAAACUAUAUUACAAGUUCAUUUUAUGAAAUACAAUUUUUACACAAAUAUAACUAUAAAUAUUCAAUUACAAAUCAAUUUCUGUCAAAUUUUUGUCUGAAAUUUUAAUUUAAUUUCGAUUUUUGUCCUGAUACAUGUAUUUAUUAAAUAAUGUGUAUGAUGUACUCAUUUCAAAAUCAUAAAUUCAAAGUUAUGAAAAAUAUGAAAUAAAUAUGAAAAAACUAACUGUUUGUCAUAAACGUGAUAUGGGAUGUCAACGAAGAUCCAUUAUAUGAGCAAUGAAAUAGUUGACAAUUAAAUAUGGAUUUUGCCGGUUGUAUUUUAGAGUUUUUACUUGCCCUCACGAUCGUUGUAUCCGCACGAAGUGAACUUAUUACGUUCGGUGUAAUAGGUACGAUCAGUUCAUUAUUAGCUGGUGGAGGUUAUUAUGGUUAUGAUUGGUACAAAUGCAAGUAUACGGAAUGCUGUACAGAUGAAUACGUCCCUUCUGAUUUAGAUAGACUAGAAUAUAUGUUAACUGCCAAGUUAUAUGGACAACAAAUUGCUCAAGAUACAAUCAUACAUGCACUGCGGGGACAUUUGGCAAACAAAAAAUCACCCAAAGCACUGGUCAUGAGUUUUCAUGGCACACCAGGAACUGGCAAGAACUAUGUAGCCCAAAUGAUUGCUACAGCGAUUUAUAAGAAAGGCAUCGAGAGCCAAUAUUAUCAUUUUUUCAAUGGCCGUAACGAUUUUCCUUUGCAACAAAAAGUAGACGAAUAUAAGGAAGAUCUGUACAAAAUUGUUUCUAAUGGUCUAAAACAAUGUGAGAGAUCGUUAUUUGUGUUUGACGAAGUGGAUAAAAUGCCUGAAGGGUUGUUGAAUGUAUUGGUUCCCUUUCUCGACUACAACAUGUAUCACAAAUCUUCCAAACACAGUGAGUCCGUGUAUCAGAACAAGGCCAUUUUCAUAUUUCUCUCAAAUACUGGCAGUGCUAAUAUAGUGCGGCAUCUCACGAGUCUGUGGGAAAAGGGUAGAAAACGAGAUGAUACUCGAUUGCAGGACUUUGAAAAAUUGAUAGCCGAUGGCGCAUUCAGUGAAAAAGGCGGUUUCCAUCGUAGUGAUACUAUACAGACCAGCGUGAUCGAUCACUAUGUGCCUUUUCUGCCUCUAGAAGAGAUACAUGUUAGAAAGUGUCUGACGAGGGCUUUUUCCGAACGAGGCGUCACUCCAAAGGAGGACAUGAUAGAGGAGGCACUGUCAUAUUUGACUUUCGGUCCCGAACCAUAUAAGUUAUACUCAAUGGCUGGCUGUAAGAGAAUAGAGCAAAAAGUUGCUUCUAUCGUUUAUCGUAAACGAUCAGAAUCCAAAAUUAAUAAUUAAGAUAAUAUGAAAUAUUCAAAAUAUUGAUAAUGAAAAUAAUAAAAUAGAUGAAAAACUGUUGUAA